GAGGCGCUCCGGAGGAGGCCGGCGCGGCGCGGGGGCGAGCGGCGGGGGCCGGCGGGAGGUCACACUCAAUAUUCACAACUAGAAGCAAGACUCUCCUGACUCUCUGGACUUCAAGGAUAUCAUUAUGUUGUAUUGGAGGAGUUUAAACUAGACAAGACUUCUUUCUUAAACACUUCGAGAAAGUGAGCGUGCCUGAGGGGAGAGGAGCACAAGAGAGGAGAGACAAUUGAAUGUCACCAUUGGCCGAGACCUGGAAAAAUGGUGCUGGAUGAACACAGGAUUAGAACUUAAUUGCAAAAGGGAAGGGAAGCCUUGACAGGAGAUUUGCUUCAUUUUCACAUUCAUCAUGGCACAAAUCCUCUGGCUGGCUGGUUGAUGGGACUGUCCAACACUCCUCCUUAGUUUCAGUGCAGAUCCCUUCUGCUUUCACAUCGAAAGACCUGGGAACAGGUGGGAACUGGAUGGUGCCAGAUACAGGAAUGGAAAGAGAAAUGGACUCUGACGAGCUAAGAUGGAAGUGACUUGACAGCAACAAGCUCAGCAGUUGUCUCCAGUAAGGACAGGUUGAGACGGGAAUCUCAAGCUUCUCUGGAAGAGCAGUAUGCAGGAAGCUGGUUUUCAGGCCACAAAUGCUUUCACAGAGUGCAAAUUCACCUGCGCCAGUGGUAAAUGCUUGUAUCUUGGUUCACUGAUUUGUAACCAACAGAAUGACUGUGGGGAUAACAGUGAUGAAGAGAACUGCCUGCUUGUAACAGAGCAUCCACCUCCAGGCAUCUUCAGCUCUGAACUGGAGUUUGUUCAAAUCAUCAUUAUAAUCGUGGUUAUAACUGUUAUGGUGGUAGUGAUCAUCUGCUUGUUGAACCAUUACAAACUCUCGACUCGCUCCUUUAUCAACCGGCAGAGCCAAAGCAGGAGGCAGGAGGAAACUCUGCAGACGGAGGGGUGCUUGUGGCCUUCAGAAAGCUCGGUUUCACGCCAGGGUGCUUCAGAGAUCAUGUACGCCCCGAGGUCCAGGGACAGGUUCACCACCCCAUCCUUUAUGCAGCGGGACCGUUUCAGUCGCUUCCAGCCCACCUACCCUUACAUGCAGCAUGAGAUUGACCUUCCUCCCACCAUCUCCCUCUCGGACGGCGAAGAGCCGCCGCCGUACCAGGGCCCGUGCACGCUGCAGCUCCGGGACCCCGAGCAGCAGAUGGAGCUCAACCGGGAAUCCGUCAGGGCGCCGCCCAACCGAACCAUUUUUGAUAGCGACUUGAUAGACAUCUCCAUGUACAAUGGGGGUCCCUGCCCACCCAGCAGCAACUCGGGCAUAAGUGCAACCAACUAUAGCAGUAAUGGAAGGAUGGAAGGACCGCCCCCGACGUACAGCGAGGUCAUGGGCCAUUACCCCGGCUCCUCUUUUUUCCAUCACCAGCACAGCAACAUGCCUCCUUCCUCGCAGAGGGGGAGCAGACUUCAGUUUCAGCAAAACAAUUCAGAGAGCACAAUAGUCCCCAGUAAAGGCCAGGAGCGGAAGCCAGGGAACCUGGUCUAGGUCACCUGCCCAGAAUCCUCGAAUCAUCCUAGAAUCAUAGAACAAGCUGAGCUGGAAGAGACCCAUCGGGAUCAUUGAAUCUGGCUCCUGGCCCUGCACAGCACCAUCCCCAGGAGCCACACCAUGUGCCUGAGAGAGCUCUGUCCAAAUUGAGCUCUGUCAGGCUGGUGCUGUGGGGGAGCCUGUUCCAGUGCCCAGCCACCCUCUGGGGGAAGAAUCUUUUCCUAAUACCCAACCUAAACUGCCCCUGGCACAGCUUCCUGCCAUUUCCUUGGAUGCUGUCACCGGUCAACAGCGUGAAGAGAUCAGUGCCUGCUCCUCUUUUCCCCAUGAGGAAGUUGUAACUGCACUGAGGUCUCCCCUCAGACUCCUCUGGGCUGGACAAACAAAGUAACCUCAGCCACUCCUCAUGGCUUCCCCUUGGGACCCUUCAUCAUCCUCAUGGCCCUCCUUUGGACGCUCUAAUGGCUUAAUGUCAUGCUCUGCUUUCCCACAUGUAAUGUGCUGACUCAGCUCUGGGAGUGUGGUGAUUAGUUCACUUGCUGUAGGUGAGCUUGUAAUCUUCUGUUUUGGGGCCUCUCUUAGCAGUAAAUAAGCUGUUUUCUGAUGGAUAUUAGUGCUCUCCAAUGGAAAGGCAGUCAACAGUGCAGCAUUGAAACACUUUCUUUUUCUAUUUUUUCUUCCAAUGACUUGGUAGAAAAUCUGCUCUUGAUAACAGAACAGAUUGGUGAGCUCUGAAGAUAAGUAAUUCUAUGAAGCAUUUAUGGAAGACCAGCUUUGAAAACAUCCAGAAUUGAUAGACUGUAUCCCAGGGCCACUCAAUGAAACUGUCCUGCAAACACUGUAGCAUUAAUUGUGUAGAUUUUAUAUGUCUCAUACAACAAAACCUACAUAAUAUGUGUGUGGUGUUCUCUAUGUGAUAGAUCAUAUUUGCCUGAAUUCUGGUUGCAUCUUCUGACUUUGCCCAGUAACUCAUUUUCCCAAAAUUCAGAAUAGCGAUGUUACUACUUUAGAAAUUUUCAGGUUAAAAGAUUUUUUCUUUUAAAUGCACCUUUAUGAAAUAAAGUUUUGUGACCUCUGUCCUACUGCAAAGACUAAUUUUUCCCUUACAUGUCUUGGCAUGGCUCUCUUCUUGAUGCUUAAUAAUAUGCCCCAUCUUUGGUGUUUUUGUAUGAUCUUUCAGGGCUAGAAAAGGCAGGGGGUUUAGCAAAGGAAAAAAACCUGUUUCUCUCCCAGUUUACCAAUGCAGCACUUGGCACUUAGCUCUAAUUCUAUACCUAUGUUUAGAACAAUUGUGUUUGGGCUUGCCUCAGUGCUGGACAAGCAGACUGAGUGGGAUGCUGCUUAAAAGGUGUGAGUGAGGGACAGGAAGAGGGGUACCCAGCCAACAGUGCAGUGUUCAGAUCCCUUUCCUGGCAUGUGUGGCACAUCCAGAAUUCACAGGAAUUUGUAUAAUAGGAUUUUUUUAUCAGGGAGGAUAUAAUUAUGCUACUCCUGGUCUUGUCACUGAUGGACUCUGCAUGUAGGCCAGUCUUGGGCUGAUGGGACUUUAUUACAGCAUGAAUUUCCCUUGGGAGUAUGAUAACUCCAGCAUAUGCCCCAUGUACAAGUUCCUGAUGGCCAGUGAGGAAGAUGAUCGUGUUCCUGCACUCAUGGAAUCUGCUGUGCUUCAUUUGGCCUUUUAUUACUGCUUGCCCACUGCUUAUACCAGUUUGUCCCAGCUGGAAGGUACUUGUUAUGCCAAAUCCCAGAAUGUGCUUGGUGCAGAUAGAUUUUUUUUAAAAAGUGUCAUUGAGAGUUCUUGGUUUUUUUUCUGUGAAUGAGGUGCAGGGAAGGGUAAGGAGCAGAAUUGCACUGUUUAUCAAGGAGUGCACUUCUUUGCAAUAGAGAAGAAAUCCUUGUCCUGCUGAAGAGCCCUGAGUGGAGGCUGUCUGGAACAGUGCUGUCUGAGGUGGUCAUUUCUAACCCUGCCAGGUAGUGAGAUGCUGGGCCUUACAACUGACACUCUAAUCUGUAAGGAAUGUUUGGAUGCUUUGGAGAGGAUUGAUUGCUGACCUUUCUCUGACUCUAUCCCUGAGCACUCACGGUAGCUAAGGUAACCUGAUUCUGUAGGCGAAGAAAAACAAAAUAGCAAGUUGGUAAAAAAUAGAUAUACAGCGAUGGUUUUUGCUGCC